AUUUCAGUUGGAAAAAUGUCACCGAACGCUCCAAGUAUACGCCAACCGAAUAUCGAUGAAGGUUUUGACAAUCAUCAUCUCGAUUUGUGGUUUUGGUCCGAAUAUCAAAAGAAAUUUGAUAAAGUUUCACUCGAUGAAUUGCACGAAAGAAAAAUUGGUCUUGAGAACAAUUUUAAGAACAAUUUUUUCUUUUGUCGCCCAAUGUACGAUGCCAUUCGACAGGAAAUAAGCUUAACAGAAGGUCUCUCGCUGAAACUGUACGAAAGAAUGCAAAGAUAUAUUAAGUCGUCUUCCGAACUUCACGAAGAGCUUAAACGGCAAUUAGUUCAUUGCCACGACGCAUUCGAACAGGCUGUAGGAUAUUUAUUUUUGGCUAAAUGUGAAAAAGUUAUUUACGAACUUUUUUGGUUUGUUACUCGUCAACGAAUAUCUCCAACAGUCCAGAACUUGUACGAUGCUAUGCUGAAAACAGGACUUUAUCAUUAG